AUGGAUCAUACUCAUCCACAGAUCAUUCACAGAGACCUCAAACCCGACAAUAUAUUAAUAGCUGAUAAUGUCAAAAAUGUUCACGACAAACGCGUUCACUACAGGACUACCCAAAAACAUACGGCAGAUGUGGGAGACAUGAAAUAUAUGGCACCAGAAUCAAACUACCUAUUCCUCAGCAUUUCUGGUGUUAAACCCAUCGGUAGUUCAGUUGCUAACUGUAUUUGAGUCAAUGUAUACACAGAAGUGGCGAAAAAGACCCGAAUGUAGGGAAGUGUUGACUAAUUAUAAUGAGUGGGCCAUUGAUAAAAAUAUUGUAACAAAUGACCCCGAGUUGACCAAAAUAUUAAAUAACCUUAACA